UUGUUGUUAAAUGUGUCUGAGGCAAUCUUCUCCCAUUCCCUGCCCACACUGUUUCUACCCCUGGCUCCCAAACUGAUGUUCAGUAUGAGGCUUUUCUGUGGUAUUUUAUAGUUGUAUUGCUGGAACUUUUAUAAAGGCUUCUUAAUGGAAAUAUAUACUGUGGAGGCUCUUGAAAGUUGAAAAUAGAAUAAAAAUUUAUUUUCUUAAAAACAGGCAAAUGAUUACUUCAGAGAGGUACAUUAGCGUAAACAGUUACAGACGUUCUUCAGCUUAACUUAGUUGUAUGUUUCAGAUUACUUCACUUAGUUUCAAACAGUUCCAACCAACCAAUCUAUCUAUUGGUCACAAAAACCCUCGCUCUAUUUGCUAAGAAUAGUCACGAGUUCCCCUGGGUUGUUAAUUAACUCUAACCUAGAGUCCUUCUAUUAACCAGCCCAGUAGUGAGAGUCAAUCUCUUGAGUUAUUUUCCCCUCAAGAGAUCCAAACUGCCUGACCUAGCCUGUCAGUUUCCACAGCUUUCAGUUCUCUCUCACACACACCCUCCAAACUCCAAACCUGAACUGCUCUCUUCAAACCCCAAAACAGAACUCUCUGGAGCUCUUUUUUCUCUCUCUGCACUCUAAGACUUGGCUCCUCCCAUCUGCUCUGGUUGGCCAAUCCUAGGAGUCUAAGCUCCUCCCCCUUUCACACUCGAGAUAGCUGCCUGGCAUUCUUCUACAAAAUGGAGGCUUGCCUCACUCACUGUUACCCAAGCUUCAUCCCAGGCCUAAUAGGAUCUCAUUUGCUUGGAAUUUCUCCCUGAAUGAAGCAAGCCUAGGAAAAAACAUAGAUCACUUCAGAAGACUUCAUCAACAGUGAAGAAUGUCAAAAGUCAUCCCCAACCACGUGGUACGGGUUGGACAAACAGUAUGUGUUUCAUCCCAGGAAGAGCACACUUGUUUGCAUCACCCUAAAGGAUGCUUGUCCUGUCAAUCUUUGCCAGUGCAAUGUUUGUAUUAUUCAGUGGAAGGAUGGGAAAAACAGACUUCAUUGACUCAAACCAAUGCAUGUUCACUACCCAAGAAGAACAUCUAUGACUCUUGUAGAUGCACUCCAGAGGACAUGCCUAUGGCCUCUCCAAACCUUGGGGGCAAUUGUGUGCAAGAAAAACCUGUAGAACCAAGCAAUAAUGACUGUCCGAUCUCUCCUACAUUGGAUAUAUCAAUUGAAAAGUUGAACCGCCUUAUCUUGGAAAUCGACCCGACAUUUCAACCUCUGCAAAUGAAUCCAGCCCAGACACAGAGUCCUAUUCAAGUUCCUCAAGUGGCGGGCCAGAAACCUGAACCAGAUUCUCCAGAAAUAAAGUACAUCGAAAUGUCUCCAACCAGAGCAAAGGCUGUGGAGUCUUGCCAGAAUUCCACCAGUUCUUCCAGUACUUCGCUCUCCACAUCUUCUCUGAACAACAGAAAUCUGUUUACUUGUGGAAGGAUCCAGGGAGACACUGUUGAUGGCAACAGCCACAUCGCCUUCCUGAGUGGCCGUGAUUCUGGAGGUGGCCCCCAGCGUCUCCCACCCACAGGGAGGCAGUCACCUGCUUGUAUCCAAAUGUCUGAGAGCAUCUGUAUUCCUCAGGGGAACCCAAACCACUGUAUCGCCUAUGGGUCCAGUUCCCACUUGACUUCUUCCCCAGUCACUGAGAAUUUGUUGAAGUUUUCCCAGCAUGGGAGAAUGAUGCAGCGGUGCAGCGAGACUUCUGUGCUUUCAGCAAGCCCUGGAUCAGACACUAGUUACAUUUUUGGAAGCAGCACACAGUCACUUUCGAGCAAUGAACCAGAAAUUCCUCAGAUCAGGUCAACAGGAAGUCCUUCCUCGGUUGGCUCCCUCUGUGGAUCUCCUGUUAGCUCCAUUGGCUCAAGUUGUUACUACUCUGGCACCUCUAGUCCUCAGAAAGGGAAUUCCUCCUUACCUCAGCUAUAUCAAAAGGGACAAGUUCAUGGUUGUUCUCCUUCACCCACUGCAAACUCCUCUCCCACCAUCCCAAUUGUGCUCAUCAAUGGUCGUCCAGACGAUAGUGAGAUAUCUCCCAGAUCUUGCAGGAUUCACGGAGGUUCUUUCAAACUGAAGAUGACACAGCCUAGUUCUGGCACAUUUUCAAGCAUCAAUCGUUCCAACAAAUCCUCUUCAGAGAGUUCUCUCUCCUCCUCUUCAUCUUUGGAUAGCUAUUCCAAAGAAGCCCAAACAGCCAUGAAGUUUGUGAUGGACACCUCCAAAUAUUGGUUUAAACCAAGCAUCACACGAGAGCAAGCUGUCCAACUGCUGAUGGAUGAAUCCCCAGGUUCUUUCAUCAUGAGGGAUAGUACGUCUUAUCGUGGCUCAUUUGGCUUAGCUAUGAAAGUCUGCGGUAGCAAACCAGGUGAAAAAAGCUGUGAUCUCAUCAGGCAUUUUCUCAUUGAGUCCUCUGCCCGGGGAGUGCAUCUUAAAGGGGCCGAUGAAGAACCAUAUUUCGGAAGCCUUUCAGCAUUUGUAUAUCAACACACUAUUAUGCCUUUGGCAUUACCCUGCAAACUGGUCAUCCCGAGUCAAGAUUUUAUUGGAGGAGAAGAGAAGUCUGUAGCACACACGGAAGCCACUCUUCCAGUUUCAGAGAAGGCUGCUGUAUGCAACCUCUUGUACCUGCACUCUGUGAACAUGGAGACUCUUACUGGCAAAGCAGCAGUUCAGAAAGCCGUGUCCUCCACUUUCAAGCAGGAGACUCUACCCACGCCCACCAUUGUCCACUUCAAAGUUACUGAGCAAGGAAUAACCCUGACGGACAUCCAGAGAAAGGUAUUUUUCAGGCGGCACUAUCCACUGGCUACCAUCAGCUUUUGCAACAUGGAUCCUGAAAACCGAAAGUGGCAAAAAUUUUCAAAAACCUCAAGGAUCUUUGGUGUUGUUGCCAAAAGCCCAUCCGAUGCUGAGAAUAUUUGCCACCUCUUCGCCGAAUAUGACGCAGUACAUCCGGCUUCUCAUGUCGUUGACUUUGUCAAUAAACGUCUACCCGCUGCUUUAGGUUCUGCUUAAUGCUAGAUCCUUGUGUUUCCUAGCUAUGACACCACCGCCCUCUGUGUCUCGAGUGCACUGCCUUCUUACCUUUUCGAAGCUGCCUGGGUUGCAUUUUGAAAACUCCUAAGGCUUUGGGCAAAUGUAAGCUGCUAGUUUGAGGGAUGGAAUAGAAGCAUGCCUAUUGAGAAGGGCACACUGUAUAUCUGGAGCAAAUUGUGGGCCAUGGGUUACAUGAACCCCCCUCCCAAGUCAUUUUGCAAUCUUCCAAGUCUCCACGACUUCUGCAACCCACCUCCAAAUUGGACUGUCUUUUUUUACCUCAAAUAGCUGAUCGCACCCCUUUAGUCUCUGAAGGAUACACCUGACCAUUUUUCUAGAUUUUUAGAAAUGCAGAGGCUAACUUUUAAUACAGGACUUCCUUCAGCCCACAUGGAUCUCUUUGCAAAUUAAAAAAGCGACUGAACUCCCUGCCAUAGUCAGUUCCUGGGUAGACUUCAAGGAACAUCCUAUCUGGCCACUUCUAGGACUCUCUUGUAAAGGGACUAUCUGCCCACCAAGCACGAGGAACAUUCAGAGUCCAACUGAUUUCUGUGGAAGUUCCCACUGAGUUUGAUCCCUUAUAUUAUUCAGAUAGGACAACUAGCCAAUUUCUGAGUUUGGUGUCUUGUUUUUUUUACCCUUUGGAUCCAUUUAUGAAAAAUGAAUGUGUUUUUGCUAAUAAGAGGAUGUAUUUUCAUCAUGUGAGAAGUUGCAUUGCAUGCUGACACUGGAAGAAGAUUACCAUCAACAUUGUUACUCAUUGUUAUGUCAGAGGUAUUGAAGAAAUAUCUAUAUCAACUUCUUUUUAAUGUAUUUUAUCUAUUUCCCUCGUGCAUUUAAUGUAAUGGUGCAAAGUCAAUACAAUAAAUCAAUUAUUUUACAAGC